GAUAUAUUUCUCGAGUAAUUCGUAUCCUGCGAAUAAAUUGAGGGUAACUUGGUUUUCAAGUUAACUGGAACAUAUUUAGCAUGAAAUAUAUAAUUGUUGGUGGUGGAAUUGCUGGAGUUUCGUGCGCCAGUCAAAUGCUUCAGUUAGAAAGAUCAGCGAACUUGGAAGUAAUUAUAAUCUCCGCGUCAAGUUUCGUGAAGUCUGUGGAGAACUAUCAAAAAAUCGGGCAGUACGGAGAGAAAUUUGACGUAAAAGAGACAAAUUGCCACGAGCUCUUCCCAGAUAGUAGAAUUCGAUUCUUGAAUGACACAGUGGUUACGUGGGAUUCUUCAAAAAAUGAAAUUCAUCUGCAAAACAAUGAGAAACUGAAAUACGAUAAACUGUGCAUUGCUACCGGAUCUCGUCCUAAAUUCCAAAAAGAGUUGGGAAUUGAUCGCAGGAUAGUGUUCUUACGAGAUACACAGAGCGCGAUUCAAUUGAAGACUAAACUAAAAAAUGCAAAAAAUAUUCUAAUUGUCGGAAACGGGGGAAUUGCUACUGAAUUGAUCUUUGAGCUUAAAACGUUCGACGUGACAUGGCUGAUCAAAGAUCCUUGGAUCUGUGCUUCGUUCUUUCCGGAAGACAUCGAACAAUUCAUUGAAAAACGAUUGCUGAAGGGACGGAUAGAUGGUAAUAAGCAUGACGGACAACAAAAACAUCUUCAACAUGUAGCUGCUUCUGAAUCUGUCUCUGAAAAUAUGAACAACCCUUCUGGACCAGCGUUGGGUCCCGACUGGUGUUCUCAAAUAGACUUUCAGAAAAUUUCGGAAAAAUCUGAAAACCGAUCGGUGACUAUCUUGCGUAAUUGUGUUAUAACAAGCACCGAUACGUCCCAAAAUUUGUCGGUACAUUACAUGGAUAAAGAAAAGAUGGCAGAUAACCAGCUCAAUCCAGAUAUUUUUAUUUGGGCAGGAGGUGUAACUGCCAACUCAGAAGUCUGGGCUAUGAAUAAAAUGCUCCAAAUCACUGAAAAUAGUGGAAUUAAAGUCAACGACGCUUGCGAAACCUCACUUCCUAAUGUUUUUGCAUGUGGAGAUGUUUGUGCACUGACUACCACAGAACCAUCAACUCUUUGGCAACAAAGACAAUUGUGGACACAAGCACGUCAGCAAGGAGAAGUGUGUGGAAGAGCGAUGGUGGCAGGCGUCGAAGAGGCUCGUAUGCAGAAUAUGUAUUUCGAACUGUUCUCGCAUUGUACGACUUUUUUCGGGUUAAAGGUGGUGUUUCUUGGAGACUACAAACCAGAGAGACAGGUGGAAGGAGAAUGGAAGAUUGUAUUGAGAGACGCCGAUAACGAUCAACUCGUUCGAUGUGUAGUCGUCAAAAAUAAGAUUGUCGGUGCCCUUCUAAUUGGCGAAACUGACAUGGAGGAGACACUCGAAAAUCUGAUUCUCAACAAAACAGAUCUAGAAGGCAUUUCAGAAACAUUCUUGGAGCCGGGAGUUGAUCUCGAUGAUUAUUUUGAUUAGAUUAUUAUUAUACUGUAUGAUGUUUAUACAUUUUGUUGUGUUUGAAUAAUAUUAAACCAGUUUU